CCCGACCCGGAAGCUUGAUUUGGCGGUCUGCGUAAGAGUCUGUCUCCUUCUCGAAAUCGCAGUCGGUCGGAAAACCAUGGGAGGUGAACGGAGUCCGAGGGAGAAGAGAAGAAGCAGGAAACGGAGCGACGAUUCUGCUUCCUCCGACGACGGAGGGAGAGGUAAGCGGCAUCGUGGAAGUGAAAAGGAUGAGGAAAAGAGUAGGAGGAGUGAUAAGGAGAAGAGGAAGGAUAGGAAAUCUCUCAAGCACCGGUCUGAUAAAGAGAAGAAGUCGAAGGAUAAACACAAAAAGAAACAUCGCAAAGGGGACUCCCGUGCAAAAAAUGGCGGUUUUCCGGAGCUUUCGGGCGAGGACUAUUUCUCAAAGAACAACGAGUUUGCGGCAUGGCUGAAAGAAGAAAAGGGAACUUACUUUGCCGAUCUUACGUCGGAAUCUGCAAGGGAACUGUUUUCGGGCUUUGUGAAGGCGUGGAAUAGGGGUAGGCUCGAGCCUCGAUACUACGAGGGAAUCACCAGCGCCCCACGGACAGCUCACAACUGGAAGAUCAAGCAGUAGCCCUACAGACCUGUUCUUGUAGUGUGGUUUUGUGUUGGAAACCAGAAAGAUCUUCCUAGUUUAGUUUGUAGCUAUAUUUGCUGCAGAAUUUGUUAGAUGUAUUGUCCUUUCAUAUGCGCCCUUCAAAUCUUCUGUUUUUUUUUUUAAAAAUUACCUAAAUAAAAUGAUAUGUAAUUGUCUCUAAA